CAUCCAUUUGAUUCAAGAAGCGAUCUAGUUACUACGUUUUCCUUCUUAUUUGUAGUUUCCAUACAAGCAAAUUGAUGUCCCAUCGAUUUUCUUUUGACCUGGCGUUGAGAUAUAUAUUUCAUCACCAGGAAUCCUGUGGCAAAUUUUCUUAAUAAAACCAAAUAUUUUAUAAUUUAUUAGUCGACCCGUUCACCUUCCUGUCCUUGAUUGGUGUUAUUUCAAUUUGCAAAUAAAUAGAAAAAAAGGGUUUCAAUUUGGGGGGAGGAGAAAAAAAGCUCUGGUUCACCUAAGCAUUGGCAGGGGCAGCCACGCAUCCGUUAAAGAUCUUUGCUUUUGGCAACCCUUUUCCACUCACCCAAGGAAAGCUUUUAUUCUUUGGCCAGGGAUAGCACUCAAAUGAAUGGGCUUCAUCAGGCUGUAGCUUCCAUGUUGCAUUUUGUACAAUGCCAAUAUAAAUAACCCUUUUAAGUUCCCUUUUAACCUUCUCAAGUGCUCUACCAAUGUCUUACUUUGGUUCAUCUAUGUAUUUGUUGAUGGAAAGAAAAUUGAAGCUCAUCGUCAAAACUGUGGGCUGUCUAAAUUCUCAACAUUGAAAUCAAUAUCAGGCUAAAUUUUUUUAUGCAAGUGGAUUUUCCAUGUUCUCUGUGACAUUGACUUCAACAUUGAUAAACAAUGGAUCCAAGAAAAGAUGUUACAGUGAGUAAGCGCUCAGCUUUAAAUCCUAAUGCACAAGAAUUUAUUCCACGUGCAUUUAAAUCAACAUAUGCAAGUGCAAACAGCUCAGUUGUGCAGAAGCCUGUAUCAGCCAAAGAUUCUAGUGUAGUUUCUACGGCUACCAAUGACUCUUCAAAUUCAAGCUCUUUCAAUGAUCAGAAUGGACAAUACUGGCAAUCUCUGCUUCCAGAUGAUAUUAUACCAGAUUUCGAUAAUUUAGAAGAUGAUCUAAUGGGUGUGCAGUCACAUGAAGAUGAGAAUAAAGUGGAUUCUAUUGAGCUUCUUGCAAAAAGCUUUCCUAAUUUUUCAGAAGAGUCUGUCAGACAUAUGUACGAUGCAUGUGGAGGUGAUUUGAAUUUUACUAUGGAGUCGCUUAGUGAACUUGAGUAUAUAAAUCAAAAUGAUUCAGAUGCUCAUUGGGAAAGUAAUAUGCAUUCCGCAUGUGGUCAUACAAUGGAUUCCAGUUUUGGGUCUAGUAGAAGCAUCCAAGUUUCACCCAAUUUUACAUUGGAUGGAAUAAUGGCCAAUGGUAAUCAGCUACAGACAUCCUCUAUCCCUCAAGGGAUGCAUCAACAGCUUUCACAAGUUGCAACUAAUGCUGGAGAAAGUCUGAGGACAGCAAGUUUAUCUUAUAAUUUAGGAGAACCAACUCUUGAUUCUUCUCGGAAUGCAUAUUCUGAACAGGCUAGAAAAACUAACCUUCCAGCAAGGGAACUGGCUUUGAAGGGGCAAUGGCAUGAUGCUGAAGUGAGAUUUGCUCCUUGUAGAGAAGAACCGGUACAUGUGCAAAGGAAUAUGGCCAUUUUACAGCUGCAAAAUGCCAACUCACAACAUGCAAAUAAUAUUAAGUUGCAGGGUUGUGAUGUGAAAGAAGCCAUCCAGAUAUUAAAGCCUGUAAUUGCAGAUCGACGAUAUCUUUACUGGAAAACAGGUCAGCAGCAACUGCUUUCCAUUGAUAUGGGAACAUGUCAAUCUACCCAUGGAUCUUCUGCAGCAGCUGGAUUGCUGCUUGCUGUAGAACAGUAUCUGGUGGAGGAGGAAAAUCUUCAGUGUUGUCAAGAAAAAUCUGGUGAGCUGAAGGUUUUGAUAAGCAGUCAAAUUUGAGGCUUGAAAUGGGUGAUGUCUCACCGAUUACCAGUACUAUUUGGGCAGGUCACUAUAAUAUGAUUUCUGAACAUUUUUUUUACAUGUUAUUCACAUGAUGAGCUGUAUCGUUAGUGUAACAUUUGCUGCUUAUACUGAAAUGUCUAGAGGGCCCAUUGUGGUUAUUGAUUUGAAGGCGAUAAUAGAUAAUGAGCUAAAAGAACAUGCCUGUAUGAAAUGUGUUAAAUUUUUUUCAAGUCCAGUGGACCAAGGGAUUUUCAA